UUGUUUCUAUUCUUGUAUGGAAGACUAAGUACUACAACUCCCAUACGCCACUGCUGGCUUUAGCUCGUGUGCGGCGAUAUGACGUUUUCUUGAAGCGCCGUUGAAACGUACGAUUUUUGUUUUCAAGCAGUAAAGAUGGCUGCCGACUCCACAGACAAGAAGGAAGCUGAAUCCUCAGGGACCAAAGACAGAGAGAGGAAACGCAGCCGGUCACGAGAGCGGGAUCGUAAAGCCUCACCUUCACGCAAACGCCAUCGUUCUCGUGAACGAAAUCGUUCUAAAUCGGCAGAUAGAGACAGACGCAUGAAAGACAAGGACAGAGACAAGGAUCGUGACAGAGAUAAGGACAGAGAGAGGAGCCGUAAGGACAGAGACAGCCAUCGGCGUGAUAAAGAUCGUAGCAGGAGGUCCAGAAGUGUGUCACCCAGGUCGAAGGAUGCCAGAGUAAAGGCAGAGAGGGAUGUAAAAACAGAAGAGGAGGAAGAUGAAAAAAAGAAGAAAGAGAAGGUCCAACCUUUGUCUUUGGAAGAGCUUCUUGCCAAGAAAAAGGCAGAGGAGGAGGCAGAGGCAAAGCCCAAGUUCUUGUCCAAGGCAGAGCGAGAAGCUGAGGCUCUGAAACGGAGGGAGCAAGAGACAGAGGAAAGGAGGAGGCUGAUGGACGAGGAGAGGAAGAAGAGAAGGUUUUUCCAGGACAUGGGAAGAAAAAUGCUGGAGGACCCCCAGGAAAGGGAGAGACGAGAGCGAAGAGAACGAAUGGAGCGAGAGAACAACGGGAAUGAAGAAGAUGACGGACGUCAAAAGCUCAGAGAGGAGAAAGAUAAAAGCAAAGAGCUCCAUGCUAUCAAGGAGCGUUACCUGGGUGGGAUUAAGAAACGCCGGAGGACUCGUCACCUGAAUGACAGGAAGUUUGUGUUUGAGUGGGACGCAUCUGAAGACACUUCGGUCGACUACAACCCAAUUUACAAAGAAAAGCAUCAGGUACAGCUGUAUGGACGAGGCUUCAUCGCUGGCAUCGACUUGAAGCAGCAGAAACGAGAGCAGUCGCGUUUUUAUGGUGACCUGAUGGAGAAGAGGCGAACGUUGGAGGAGAAGGAGCAGGAAGAGACAAGACUGAAGAAGGUGCGUAAGAAGGAAGCCAAGCAGCGCUGGGACGACAGACACUGGUCUCAGAAAAAGCUGGACGAGAUGACUGACAGGGACUGGCGAAUCUUCAGAGAGGACUACAGCAUCACCACCAAGGGAGGGAAAAUCCCGAACCCCAUCAGGAACUGGAAGGAGUAUUCUCUGCCUGCACACAUCCUGGAGGUCAUCGACAAAUGUGGCUACAAGGAUCCGACACCUAUUCAGAGACAGGCCAUUCCUAUUGGUUUACAGAACCGUGACAUCAUUGGGGUGGCUGAAACAGGUAGCGGUAAAACAGCUGCUUUCUUGAUUCCAUUGCUGGUCUGGAUCACCACUCUGCCAAAAAUUGACAGGAUUGAAGACUCAGACCAGGGUCCCUACGCUGUGAUUCUGGCCCCGACUCGUGAGUUGGCGCAGCAGAUUGAAGAGGAGACCAUAAAGUUUGGUAAACCGCUCGGCAUCCGCACAGUGGCCGUGAUUGGAGGAAUCUCCAGAGAGGACCAGGGCUUCCGUCUCAGGAUGGGCUGUGAGAUUGUGAUCGCCACCCCCGGUCGUCUGAUCGACGUGCUGGACAACCGCUACCUGGUCCUGGGCCGCUGCACAUAUGUAGUCCUCGAUGAGGCCGAUCGCAUGAUUGACAUGGGCUUCGAGCCUGACGUCCAAAAGAUUCUGGAGUACAUCCCAGUGACCAAUCAGAAACCAGACACUGAGGAGGCGGAGGACCCUGAGAAGAUGAUGCUGAACUUUGAGUCUGGAAAACAUAAAUACAGACAAACGGUCAUGUUCACAGCUACUAUGCCUCCAGCUGUCGAGAGGCUGGCCAGGAGCUACUUGAGACGUCCUGCUGUGGUGUACAUCGGCUCUGCUGGCAAACCACACGAGAGAGUCGAACAGAAGGUCCUGCUAAUGUCAGAGGGAGAGAAGAGGAAGAAGCUGCUGGAGGUGUUGUCUCAUGGCUUCGAGCCUCCCAUCAUCAUCUUUGUCAACCAGAAGAAGGGUUGUGAUGUACUUGCCAAGUCUCUGGAGAAAAUGGGGUACAAUGCUUGCACACUGCACGGUGGCAAAGGCCAGGAGCAGAGAGAGUUUGCUCUCUCCAACCUCAAGGCAGGAGCCAAAGACAUCUUGGUGGCCACAGACGUUGCUGGUCGAGGUAUCGACAUCCAGGACGUAUCCAUGGUCAUUAACUAUGACAUGGCUAAAAACAUUGAAGAUUACAUCCAUCGUAUCGGACGUACUGGUCGUGCUGGUAAGAGUGGUGUGGCCAUGACGUUCCUCACUAAAGAGGACUCUGCGGUGUUCUAUGACCUGAAGCAGGCCAUCCUUGAGAGCCCGGUUUCCACCUGCCCCCCUGAGCUGGCCAACCACCCGGAUGCUCAGCACAAGCCUGGGACCAUCCUGACCAAGAAGAGACGCGAGGAGACCAUCUUUGCCUGAUUUAUGCUGGCUGAUUCCAUGCAAAUUAGACUUCUCCUGAACCCGAACACCUGGUUUUCAGAUGAUUUUACCAUGUUGUAUCUCUACACAGUAUACAUUUCUCUGUUUUUGCCCCCCUCCCCCAUGCUGUCAGUCUGUUUGUUGGAAACAAACUGGUUAAGAAGUGGUGCAGAAAUCAUCACUGCGCAGGUUUUGGGAUUGUAAGGCUCAGCUCAAAGAUGUGUAAACGUGGACUCAGUGGUAUAAAAGAGCCAGGAUCAGUGAGCUGGACGACCCUGAAGAUGUCACUGAUCUGCACUGUAUAAAUGCCUCUUUCAGUGAUCUUUAUGAAAAACACUUGGCAGGAUGCGAGUGUUGAUGAGUAGUAAGUGAUGUGUCGUGCAUUUUUAUUAAUUUUCUCUCACCAUUAGUUGAGUUUUGUGACUGUUAAAGAGACCAAUGCCAGUGAUGACCAUUUGUUUUGCUUCAGAUGCAUCCUGUGACUAAAUUCAUUCAGUGUUUUAUGUAUGAAUGUUUGUAUGAAGUGAAUACAGCAAAUUUGACUACA